UGAGUGAUAAAGGAACGAGUGAGUGAGUGAGUGCAGAACAGUCAGAAUUGAGCUCCAUCUCUUUCUCUCUCUCUCUCUCUGACACACACACAUCCACUCACUCACCUGGGAUCCAGCCUCCAGAGCAAGCCGAGCUCAAACAAUAAAACAAACAAGGGGAAACAAUCCACCUCAACAGAUUGCUUCCACUUCCACCAGCUAAUUAUGCUCAUCGUUGCCUGAUUCUUCUGCCGCCGCUGGAAAGAAGGGGGAACGGAGAGGGGGGAGAAAAAGUCAUUCCUCGGUUGCUAAGAGUCCCGCACAAAGUCCUGGCAUGGCCCAGGGAUCGACUGAACAAGCGACGUGUAGGGCUAAUGAGCCCGAAGAGAGCUCUCCCAACAUGUUGGUGUACAGAAAGAUAGAAAAUAUCAUCACACGGAUGCAAGAUGACAAAGCUGGUGGAGUGAUGAUCCGAACAGUGAAGAGCUUCCUGUCAAAGAUUCCCAGCGUCAUCACAGGUGCUGACAUUGUGCAAUGGUUGAUGAAAAGCCUGAACAUUGAAGAUCAAGGCGAAGCAAUACACUUAGGCAGUCUCAUCGCUGCACAAGGAUACCUGUUUCCGAUUUCAGACCAUGUGCUGACAUUAAAGGAUGAUGGUACAUUUUACCGAUUUCAAGCUCCAUAUUUUUGGCCAUCAAACUGCUGGGAACCGGAAAACACAGACUAUGCGAUCUACCUGUGCAAGCGGACAAUGCAGAAUAAAGCAAGACUGGAACUUGCAGAUUAUGAAGCCGAAAAUUUGGCGAGGUUGCAGAGAGCAUUUGCAAGAAAAUGGGAGUUCAUCUUUAUGCAAGCAGAGGCCCAAGUGAAGAAAAAGGACAAGACGGAACGUAAGAUCCUGGACAGCCAAGAAAGAGCAUUUUGGGAUGUUCAUCGACCUGUUCCUGGCUGUGUGAACACCACCGAAAUGGACAUCAGGAAGUGUCGUAGGAUGAAAAACCCGAACAAAGUGAAGAAGUCGGUGUAUGGGGUUUCUGAAGACUCACAGACACACAGUCCUGUACAUUCACUUGCAUCAACAGCUAAGCAACCUGCAAAAGACGAUCUGAAGAAGCAGAUCACCUUAUUAAAUAUCCAGCUAGACAGACAUUGCUUAAAAAUGUCCAAAGUAGCUGAAAGUUUGGUCAGUUAUGCAGAACAGUAUCUGGAAUAUGAUCCCUUGCUGACACCACAAGAUCCACCCAACCCAUGGAUCAGUGACGACAGCACAUUCUGGGACAUGGAAGCCAGCAAAGAGCUCAACCAGCAGCGUGUGAAGAGAUGGGGGUUCUCCUUCGAUGAGGUGCUAAAGGACCCCGCGGGUCGAGAACAAUUUCUAAAGUUCCUAGAAUCGGAGUUCAGCUCUGAGAAUUUGAGGUUUUGGCUAGCGGCAGAGGACCUGAAGAAACAACCACUUGUGGAAGUCCCGGGCAAGGUUCAAGAAACGUGGCAGGAAUUUCUUGCUCCAGGCGCACCGAGCGCCAUCAACCUGGACUCCCAUUCAUAUGAGAUAACCAGUCAGAAUGUCAAGGAUCCAGGAAGGUACACCUUUGAAGAUGCACAGGAGCACAUCUACAAAUUGAUGAAAAGUGACAGCUACGCCCGCUUUCUGCGUUCCAGUGCAUAUCAGGAGCUUCUACAAGCUAAGAAAAAGCCUGAAAAUGAGCAGGGUCGCAGAACCUCGCUGGAAAAAUUCACUCGCAGUGUGGGUAAGUCAUUGACUGCAAAACGUCUUACUGGUCUCAUGCAGUCCUCCUGACGGACACCGAGCUGCCUGCUGCAGAAAAUGAAGGAGCUUGUACCUGCACUCCCAGCAAUCACCACAUGAAGGAGCCAUUGUGAAGGGUCGUGCUGUACAACCAGACAAAACGAUCAUUUUGGAACAUUGUAAUCUUUCUUCUGUGCAGAAUGAAUUUUGAGUUACUGCAGAUGUCAUUGAAAAAUCUCUUUUUAUUUAACAGAACAACGGGUUAGUUCCAGGCAUGAUGGAGCAGAAAUGGAAUUUUUGGCUGUCAGUGAAACCAGAAAGUAGUUUCUGGCCAUCUGCAUCGAAAGACGAAGGUUUGAUGAAAUGCUCAUGUGUUCGGUUUUGUAUCCAGUCAGUGUUCUGCACAGUUGAGCAAUACGUGUCAGGGAUAUGUGAAUUGCGUCCUGUAGAAGUCACUUCCUUCCCUGCCUCUCAUUCACAGCUGAUAGCAGCUUCCACAGACAGAUUUAUAUUUCAACUUAACCGCCUGUCUUUGCUGUUAUUUAUUUAUCAGUCAUGAAACAUCUCACAGCAUAGUUAAUGGCAUUUAAUGUGUCUUCUGAUGGCUAUAAAGGAGCAGCUCGUGCAUGCAGCUCAGAGUGAAACGGGUCAUUUACUUGAUGCUGACUCGCUGCAGAGGUGAGGAAAGAAAUCACGCCAGACCAUUGCAUCAGUUAGCCUUCAGCUCAGGUUUUAUCAUAGGAGCUGCAAUUGUGUUGCAAUUAGUUACAGCCAAAAUGUCUUAACUCCAUUGCUACAUCUUAAUGCUGUGUUACUUAUAAAUACUUCAUGCCAUUCUGGGAUUUUAUUUGGUGAUCUUAGAGAAAAAGCAACUUUUGAAAAAUAAGUUUACUGGCCAAUAUUUUGGUUCCUCAACUAACCACCAAAGCAGAUUAAUUGGGUAUUUAUCUCAAGACUUUACUGUGCACCAGUUGUGGCUGUAUUUUACAUAAUCAGAUCUGACUACACUUCCAAAGUGUUUUGUUGUCCUCUGAGAUCUUUGAGACAUUUUAAUUUUCUGACUGUGGCAAAUUGAAGGAAGAUCUUUCUUCUUCCUCAUCACCUGCAGGGUAUUUUCCUGUUUCCUGUCAAAUUUCUAUUCCAAUUAAGUCACUUUCAAUUAAAUUAAAUAACACAAAUUAAUUAAAAUUAAAUUACAUUGAAUCUGUAAAAUAAGAAUAGCCCUUAUCAAAAUGCAUUAGCUCUCAGUUUUCAGCAUUGUAGUUCAUUUCCGUUUACAUGCUCAUGCAAGUUUAUUAAUGUUCACUUAUAUUUUAUCUCAAUUGUCCUCUAUCAUCUGUACACCGCCCCCCAUUUCCCCACACAUGUACACAAUUUUCAAAUUCGGUAAUUAUACUUACGAUUCCAGAAAAUGGUGAACAAUUCUAGUUCCAACUCCAGGUUCCGUGGACCAUCACUUCUUGCCUUCCCCAGUUACUUUUCAUCCCUUAGUUUUUGUUUUCAGAACCGUAGCCACUUUGCUCUCCAUACUGCUCGUCUCUUCCGGUGACUCCUCGUUCUGUGACUUCUGUCAUGAGCUCAUUGUGCAGCACUUUAUCAGAAGCAAACAAACAUGGAAUUCUGGAAACUCAGCAGGCCUGGCAAUACUUGUGGAGUGAGAAACAGAGAUAAUAUUUUGAAUCUUUUUCAAAAUAAUUCUUCUCAAAACUCAAGUACAUUGCAUAUGAACAUAAGAAUUGGGAGGAGCAGACCAUUGUCACGACUUGAACCUGCUUCAUCUUUCAAUAAGAUCACGCAAGCCCCACCCCCAAAUAUUCCCGCCUGUGCUUGAUCAUUUUAGUUUCUCGACGAGUCAGUCUACUUCUGCAUCAACAGAAUUCAAUGACUCUGUCUCCACCAUUCUCUGGAGCAGACUCAGAAAACUCUGAGGAAAAUAAAAACUCUACAUUUCCAUCUUAAAUAUAAGACUGUGUUCCUUACAAGAUCUACUGCAUUACCCAAAACUACACUUUCUCUGACUGCAAUAUCCUUGGUCCAGCAUGGAAUUCCUUUGAAAUCCACAUUCAUUGCUCUGUUGUAGUUCUAGACAGUUUCCAUUUAAGGUAAAGAUUCCAAUAGCUUUCCUAAUACCACUGUUAAGUUAAAUAGAUAUCUCCAGUUCCCUGGAUGUAUUCUGUCUCUUUUCUUACUUAUAGGAAUCAAAACACUAUCCAUCAUUCCUUUCACUACACCACUUCCUGAAUAAUCUACUUUUCACCUAACUGUAGGGAUUCUAUGGUUCUUUUAGCAUGUGUGGUGCCUCCAAUUGAGGUCAGGGGUUUUAUCCCCUCUAAGUAGAGUCACGAGAUGUGAGAUCAAAGAUCCACAGCAUAGAAAAAGCCCCUUCAAGGCCCAUCAAAUCCAUCCUGGUGAGAAACCAAGCACCUAACGAUUCAAGAGAUAGUAAGAACUGCCGAUGCUGGAGCCAGAGAUAACACAAGAAAAGGGUCCCGACUGAAAUGUCCCUUUUCUGAAGAAGAGUCCCGAACAGAAACAUCAACUUUCCUGCUUCUUGGCCUGCUGUGCUCCUAUACCUAACAUUUAUACUUCUACUUUCCAAGCACUUGGCACAUAAACACGUAUGGCUUCAUAGAAUCCCAACAGCAUGGAAACAGGCCAUUUGGCCCAACAAGCCCAGACCAACCCUCUUGGGAGAAUCCCACCCAUACCCAUCCCCUAUCCCUGUAACCUUGUAAUUCCCAUUGCUAAUGCACCUAACCUACACAUCCCUGAACACAAUGGGCAAUUUAGCAUGGCCAGUCUACCUAGCCUGCACAUCUUUGGACUGUGGGAGGAAACCAGAGCACCUGGAGGAAACCCACGCAGACCCAGGAGAUUGUGCAAACUCCAUGCAAACACUCAGCCAACGGUGGGAUUGAACCUGGGUCCCUAGUGCCAUGAGACAGCAGUGCUAACCACUGUGCCACCGUGCUGCCUUGUCUUUGUGUCUUCCAGUGGUCUCCCUGUUAGCUGUCAGCAAUAUCCUUAUGUAUUUUUGGUCUGAUGUCAUUAGCCUCUAUGAUAAAUUCUGACAUAAACUCAAUAUUUUUGACAAUUUCCAUGACUUUAUCUCUAAUGUUUAAAGAAGAUGAUUUAUCAUUCUAUCCAACAUUUGUCCAGCAGCCAAUACCAUUAAAGUAGUCACUAUUGCCCUUUGACAAUUUAGUCAUGUUAGAAGACUAUUACUGUAACAGUAUGUUGAUGCAACUUUUUUAAUGUCCAAUACAUGAGCAAUGCUAGUGCAGCACCUCCCAAAACAGAGGGCGCUAACUGCUUUAAGUCUCACUGACAGCCCCAGGAGAACGUUUUAUAAUUGGUUGUGUUCUUGAAAAUUAUAUUGUAGCAAAAUCUCCACUUUCGUAUAUAUGUAGAAAACCAUGUAAAAAAUAUAUAAAUUGAAGCAUGUACAUAUUUAUAACAAAACUGGGAAAAAGUUGCAUUUUUUUGCUUCAUCUUGCUCAUUGUGUCAUUUCGUGGGCAGAGAAUGGUUGUACAGUUCAUUACAUAGAUAGCGAUUUCAAUUAAAAUUUCGUUAAAGGUUUGUCCUAUGGUCCUUGUUGCAGCCCAGUAUGUUUCAGAGAUAAUUUGUCACGACAUUUUUUAGCACCUUUUACGUUGAUAACACUGACCCUGCAUUAUGACCAUGAGAAUGCUAUAUGCUUUACAUUUACUGAUGCAGGGAAUCUCUCUGUCUUUCCUGAUCCAUGCCCUUUAACAUGGCAAUGGGCAUAGACAUUGUAAUAACAGAGACAGGAAAAAUAGUUCCAUCAUCAAAAUACUUUAUUAGCACAUUCUAAGAAAACAAAAUAAGCGUUCUCUUUACAUGUAUAUACUUUUAAGAAUCUUAGAUCAUAGUAUCUGUAACAAAAUAAUUUAUGAAAAGUGCUGAGUUUUUGGUCAAAAGCAGCAAACUGCUAUAACAUUGAGAUGGAGUUCUGCGAUAACCACAGCCUUGGAAAGGAUUGGAUUAUUUGGUAGUAGAUCGGAAAUCCAAAGAAAAUCCAACCACAAGUUUAAAUCAAGGUUAAUUGGUGCAAUCUGUGUUACUUUUGUCUUCAUUAUGCAGUUCCUCAGUCCACUUCUUUGUAAUCAAGUUGUCAGCUCCUAAUCUUUUAAGUCAGCCCAAGUGUGACUUGGUGUUAGAUCUCGUCUGAAGCACUCAUGUGAAUCAUAUUGAGAUUUUUCUUUUGUCUGUGAAUGGUGCUAUAAAAGUACAAGCUGUUGCCGUCUGAAGUAGAAAAUAAGGUUGGAUUUGAGUGCCUACAGCAUUAGAGUUCAGAACAGGUCCAGAUGGGAGUGAAUUAAAUGGCUCAGAAAGUGGUUUGGUGACAACGUGUAUUGGAAUGUUAAUAGCAAUGUCAAGCACUAUAUCCUCAAUUUUCAUAGAAUCCUAAGGUGUGGAAACAGACCACUCAGCCCAUUGAGGCCAAACCAACCCUUCAAAGAGCAUCUCACCCAGUCCCACCCCCUUACCUAUCCCUUAAUCCUGCAUUUCCCAUGGUUAACCCACCUAACCUACACAAUUUAGCGUGGCUGAUCCACCGAACUUGCGCCUCUUUGGACUAUGAGAGGAAAGCACAGCACCUGGAGGAAACCCACGCAGGCACAGGGGGGAUGUGCAAACUCAAUAUAGAUACCCACGAAUGGAAUCGAAAUUGAGUCCCUAGUGCUGUGAGGCAUCAGUGCUAAUCACUGAGCCUCUGUGCCACCCCUUCACUCCAGUGAAUUCCAGAAGCUGUGGGAAAAGACCAAAGAUUUCCAGCCAGGUGAAAACAUUCCAACACAUUAUUGUAUACCAGCCUUACAAGUUUGGAAUAACAUCUGGAGAGAGCUGGAAGAAGUUUAACCUCUUGCCCCAGAAUACCCAAAAGAGCCAGAGAGUAAGAAAAAGAUAAAAUGCUCUAUUUUCAAAUAAAAGAGUUCAAAGUAAUUACACCGACUAAAAUUAAGGGCAAGAAUUGAAAUCAAUGAAAAUCAAUUUGUGCAGAAUCAAACUCAGGCUCUGAGUUGGAACACUACAUCUUCUUAACUGUUGAUUGUUUUUCCCCAAAUACGUACUGAAAUCCGAAACAUUUAUCCCCAAAAUGCUGUGGAUGCAGAGUCUCUAGAAAUUUUCUUGAAAAAAAUACUGUUACUUUGGUGGAUUUUUUUUAAAGUGUAUUAUGGAAAUGAACAUAGAGAAACAGUUGAGACCAAUGCUAAUGGAAGAAGCAGAAGGAACUGAGCAGUCUCCUCUUCUCCCAAGUGUGGAAAUAGGAAGAUAGUCACAAGUGCAUCAUGGUUUUCACUGCGAACAACCUCACAAAAUCGUACAAACAAGGAGCAGGAGGUAGGCCAUUCAGCCCUUCUCCCCCAUCGCACCAUUGAACAAAAUCAUGGCUGAUCUGUUCAUAACCACAAAUCCACAUUCCUGUCUACCCCUUAUAUCAUUUCACCCCUUUGCUUUCCAAGAACCUAUCCACUCCUGCCUUCAAAAUAUGCAAACUUCUACUUCCACUGCCUUUUCAGAAAGCUGGUUCCAAUGUCUCACAACCUCGGUGAGAGAAAUGUUGCCUCAUCUCCAUUUAAAAUUUGCAGACAUUUAUUUUUAAACAGUGAUCAUUUGUUCUUGAAUUUUAUCCAAGAGGAAACCAUCCUUUUCAGAUCCACCCUUUCAAGUCCCCUCAGGAUCUUAUAUGCUUCGAUCAAGUUGCCUUUUCCUCUUCUAAACUCCAGUGGAUACAAGGUCAGGCUGUCCAGCCUUUUCUUAUACGUAACGCACCCAUUCCAGCUAUUAGUUUAGUAAACCUUGGUCGAACCAUUUCCAAUGCAUUUACCAAUGCAAUGCAAAUAAGGUGCUCGUUAUUGUACACAGGUACUCCAGAUAUGGUCCCAUCAGUGCCCUGUAUAGUGGAAAUCAUAACCUUCUUUUGUAUUCAAUUCCCCACAUGAGACAUGAUAACAUUCUGUUAGCUUUCCUCGUUACUUGCUGAGAUGCCUUAUUCUAAGAGGAAACCUCAGUCAAGUGUCAGGGCAAACCAAAAAAAACCCUAACUGAGCCAUUCGUUUGAAACCACACUCCCAGUCUCUACACCUGUCUUUGGAACUACUAUUGGGAAAUGUAUCAUUCGUGACAAUACCUUCCCAUGAGCUUAUCACUCCAUUUGAAAGCACAAAAUUGCUAGCACAAACUAUGCAUGUAAAAUAUGUACAGUAGCUGUUCCAGGUUCCUGGAAAGACUGUAAAGGUUUGGCAUUUCAAAGUUUUCUGAAUCAUUGGUAACUUUGUGGAGAGCACCAAAACCUGAGCAAUUGCUGUCUC